AUGUUUGAACUACAGAACUACACAGUUGCUGAUGGUAUUAAUUAUGAAUACAUCUAUAUCAAAGCAAAAGAUGAUUCAAAACCAACCUUAUUAUUUCUUCAUGGUUUUCCAUCAUCAUUCUAUUGUUGGCGUUAUCAAAUUGAAUAUUUCUCUAAGCAAGGUUAUGGCUGUUUAGCACCAAAUUUAAUGGGCUACGGUAAAACAUAUUCGCCAUUGGAUCAAAAUGAAUACAAAACUAAAUCAAUGGUUCAACAUCUUAUAUCUCUUCUUGAUCAUUUGAAUUUAAGUAAAGUUAUCGUUCUUGGACAUGAUUGGGGUGUUCGACCAGCAACUCGAUUUGUUUUAUAUCAUCCUGAACGUACAUUAGGUCUUAUUUUAUUUAAUCUUGGUUAUUUUCCACCGGCGAAGUUUGAUUUUGAGCAAACAUUAUCAUUGACAAAGAAAGCCUUUGGCUAUGAAACUUUUGGUUAUUGGGAAUUCUUUAAUUCUGAUGAUGCAGCGAAAAUUCUCGAAGACAAUGCGGACCGGUUCAUCGAUCUUGGUUUUACAAAUGAUCCAAAAUUAUGGACAACAGAUUUUGCUCCUCUUGGUAAAGUUCGAGAAUGGUUAACAGGCAAAAAAACGACAACUCGAGCUUCAUUUUUCACGGAUAAAGAUUAUGAGAUCAUACGUAAAUGUGUCACUGAAGGAAUGCAACCAAAACUAAAUUGGUAUAAAUCAGCUAUGGCUAAUAUUGACUGGGAUGAUGAAAAAACUCUUGAUCCUACAAUAAAACGACCAGCUCUUUAUAUUGCGGGUACAAAAGAUUAUAUAUGUGUUCCACAAUUAUUUGCUGAUCAAAAUAAGUAUAUAGCGGAUUUAGAAACAAUUGAAUUAGAAACUAGUCAUUGGACUAUGGAAGAAGAUCCAGAAAAAGUCAAUGAAGUAGUUGAAAAAUGGCUUCAACAAAGAAUUUAA